AUGGAUGUUAUAUUCAAAAUUUAUAUGAGAUUCACUGGAACAUUAGCUGUAUUUCUGAAUUUGACUCUUCUUUUCUUAUCAGUUUUCAAAUCUCCUCAAGUUAUAAAAAACUAUUCGAUUUUGAUAAUUAAUUUUGCACUGACCGAUUUACUGGCCUCUUUGGCUUCAAUUUUUGUUGAACCUCGAAUGAUUCCAUCAGGAUAUGUUGUAGCACAUAUUAAUUAUGGAAUUUGUAAUAGAUUUUCAUCCAGUGUAUGUUAUAUGGGGUAUGUUUUUUGUGGUUUGUCGAAAUUAUUUUCCAACAAGAAAAAUUUGAAAAUAUUUCAAGAUAUGCAUUUAUGUUUCAUUUAUUUAUCCAUUCUCAAUAUUCACUUCUUGUAUCUUUUGCUUAUCGUUAUUAUAUUUUGGUCAAAGAAACACCAAAAGUUAGAAGCAUUAUAUUUAUUCUUCUAAUUUCUUAUAUACCAUCAUUAAUUCAAUUUAUCUCAUUUUACGUGAAUGAAGGAGAUCCUUUUGAAAUUUACAAUGCUAUAAAUUCCGAUUUUCCUGAAUAUCAAAUUCAACUUUAUAUGAUUUCUGGAAAUCUAGACAUUCGAAAAGGUACAUCGUCUUACACGUUAUUUCAAGCAACUUUUGCUCCAUUAAUUAUAUAUCUGAUUAUUAUAAGGUUACGGUCGAAAAUAAUUGUGAUUUUGAAAGAUAAAAGUGAGCACAUGCGAGCUGAAACGAAAUCUAUGCAUAGAAAACUGCUACAGGUAUCAUAAUUCUUCUUACAAAAUCAAACAUUUACAUAAUCAGGUGCUUACUUAUCAAGCCUGCCUUCCUGGACUUUUUGUCCUAGGCAUCGCAUCUUUCUCAAUUGAACAAUGCAAUGUUUAUAAAUCACCAGCUAUCGAAUUUUCGGUUCAUAUGUUUUUUGAAUUAGUACCACUAUUAUCACCAAUUAUAUAUUUGUAUUAUAUUACACCUUAUCGUCUUUAUAUUACUUCCAUUUUCGGAAAAAAUCUUUCGAAAGAAAGCAAUGUUUUUCAAAGUGCUACACAUGAUCGAGGAAGCAAAGUUUUCACAACUUCAAAAAAUAUCAAUAAUUAA